CACCGUAGCCCCGAGAGGCUCGCGCCUGCGUACGGGUCCGCGGCGGAGCGGGGCUGCGCUAGCGCGUUUCGCGGACCCUGGAGGGCGGAGUCCAGGCCGCCGCCGUUAGAGGGAGGGGCGCGGCGGUUUUGGGAGUCUGGCGCUCCCUCAGGCCGCGGACGAGAUGCUGGGAGCUGCGGUUCCAGCGGCGGGGACGGCGGAGGUGUCACGGGCGGCCCUAGCUUCUCCUUCCGUCUUCGGGCCCGCAGGUCACGGCGACCUGCUGCCGGGCCUCGGCAUAGGAGGCAGCGCGACCUCUACACGGUAGGGCUUUGGAAUCCGAUCCUUCUGAUCAUCGAGAAGCAAAGAAAUCUCAAGCAGUUGAUAGAUAGGGCUUUGGAGUCCAACCCUUCUGAUCAUCCAGAAUCAAAGAAAUAUCCAGCAGAUGAUGGGGCUUUGGUGUUUGACCCUUCUGAUCAUCCAGACACAAAGAAAUCUCAAGCAGUUGAUAGAGCUUUGGAGUCCGACCCUUCUGAUGAUCCAGAAGGAAAGAAAUAUCCAGCAGAUGAUAGAGCUUUGGAGUCCGAUUCUUCUGAUGAUCCAGAAGGAAAGAAAUAUCCAGCAGAUGAUAGAGCUUUUGAGUUUGACCCUUCUGAUGAUCCAGAAGGAAAUAUCCAGCAGAUGAUAGAGCUUUGGAGUCCGACCCUUCUGAUGAUCCAGAAGGAAAGAAAUAUCCAGCAGAUGAUAGGGCUUUGGAGUCCAACCCUUCUGAAACAAGGAAAUCCCAAACAGAUAUGUAUGGAUCAUUUUUCUUUGAAAUUCAGUUCAUGCUCGACAAUUUUCCUUGAAGACAGCACAACCAGCUGCCCUCAUUUUGAAACGACACUAAAAUCUGUCGCCUUGGACUUCUAUUUUCUUAUCAAGGAAAGAGAAGGAUAUCUGUCUUACAGAAUAUUUGAUGAACAUGUAUACCCAUUGAAACACAGAACAGAAGAAUACAUUAUGUAUGAUCCUUCAGAGACAAUGAUUUACAAAUUUAUACAUACCCUGUUUUAUGUAAAAAGUCUAAAGGUUGCUGUCGCCAUCAUAAUUAUGGUGUACAUCCCAAGACUUAUAUGGUAUUCUCGUAUCUAUAUUUGUUCAGCCACCUGGAGGAGGAUUAUCCUCGGAGCCAUUCUUGUUGCCAUCAAGGUUCGGAGCAAUGUACCUGUGUGCAAUAAGGACUUGUGCAGGCGCUUUGAGAAAACUACAGUUGACAAUCUGAAUAAGUUGGAAAUGAACUUCUUGGAGCUAAUUAAUUAUGAUACUAACGUUUCUAAAAGCAUUUAUACCGUAUACUACUUCCGUCUUCGUGACCUUGUAUACAUGUAUGGCCUGGGUUUGCCUAUUUGCCUUCUUGACACACAAAGAGCAUGGGAUCUGCAGCUCCCAGUGAAAGCGCAGAGAACGAGAGGACGCCACACUUUCAGACAAAUUUUUGUCACUCAUGGAGCAGAAGAUUCCCAGUGGAGGAGCCGCACAGGUCGCCAGUGUGACUCUUGUGGCCGGUGCAGCGGUUUUGCCAGCACCUCGGCGUGGCAGCUCUUGGUGCAGAGUAAACGGGACGGGUUCCCCUUCUGACCGACGUUUGGAGCUCCAGGAAGGCAGAGUCGCCUAUUACAGACUCAAGAAGGAAGCCACACUGAAAUAAAACAAGAAGACAAGAUUAGAGAAAAAAGGAUAAAAAGGAAUGAGCAAAGUCUCCAAGAAAUGUGGGACUAUGUGAAAAGACCAAAUUUACGUUUGAUAGAUGUACCUGAAUGCAACGGAGAGAAUGAAUCCAAGCUGGAAAAUAUUCUUCAGGAAAAUUUUCCUAAACUAGCAAAGCAGGACAAUAUUCAACCCCAGGUAAUACAGAGAACACCACAGAGAUAUUCCUCAAGAAGAGCAACCCCAAGGCACAUAAUCGUUAGAUUCACCAGGUUGAAACAAAGGAGAAAAUACUAAGGGCAGCCAGAGAGAAAGGCCAGGUUACCCACAAAGGGAAGCCUAUCAGACUUUCAGCAGAUCUCUCAGCAGAAACUCUACAAGCCAGAAAAGAGUGGGGGCCGAUAUUCAACAUUCUUAAAGAACAGAACUUUCAGCCCAGAAUUUCAUAUCCAACCAAACUAAGUUUCACAACUGAAGGAAAAAUAAAAUGUUUUAUGAACAAGCAAGUACUCAGAGAUUUUAUUACCACCAGGCCUGCUUUACAAGAGCUUCUGAAAGAGGCAUUACACAUAGAAAGAAACAACCAGUAUUAGCCUUUCUAAAAAUAUACCAAAAAGUAAAGAGCAUCAACAUAAAGAAGAAUUUACAUCAAUGAAUGGAUAAAACAGCCAGUUAACAUCAAAUGGCAGUAAUCCUAAAUUUAAAACGACUAAAUCCGCCAAUCAAAAGAUACAGCCAAAACCCAACUGGCAUGCUACAUCCAGACCCGUUUCACAUGCAAGGAUACACAAAGACUCAAAACAAAGGGGAUGGAGAAAGAUUUACCAACCAAAUGGAGAGCAAAAAUAAAUAAAUA